AUGAGUCAACCACCACACGUUUCUGAUUCCUCUCAUCCAUUUCAAGACCAUGGUUGUUUGGAAGGAACUGUUCCUCCUCCACCACCUCUGGGCUCUCUCAUCCCUGUCAAUUGGAAUGCUCGGAAUAAGAAAUUUCAUUUUGAUGAUCAACAACAAGAAAGGGAAUAUCAAGUCCCUUGUGGCCACAAGAAACGAAUACAAAUACAACCCUAUUUGCAUUACAAUUUGAAUCGUAAUUUUACAAUCAUGACCUAUUUGGAUGAAUUUAAUGAGCUCACUAAAUGUCCAACAUUGAUAAGCUUUGGAGGACCACAUGUAAGAGAUAAAACCAUUUAUUACUUGGAAUUGGAUCCUCCUAAAACAAGAGUGGAUUUAGAGGAUGACAUGUACCGUGUGGAGUAUGAGUGGAAGGAAUUACAAACCAUUGAAAACAAUCAUGGGGAGUUGUUCAAAUAUCACGUGUUACAAAUCCAAAAUGGUUGUAUUGUUUAUUCAAAAAAACUUCAACGAUUAAUUGUUUUCGAAUGUGGUGAUUAUAAUUAUUUAAGAUUUUACUUUUUAUGCUUGAAAAAUCGUUCGUGGAUCAAGAAAAAGUUUCAAGUACCCUCUUGGAGUUAUUCUUGGGAUUAUUUGUUGACAAAAUAUGAUGAAGAAGGAACCAAAGGUUUAUUAAUGACUCGUUCAUUCAUGACUGUUGCAAUAGUUGACUUUGAAGAGUUGCUAUCUUCGAAUGAUCUUCAACUGAUUGAAAAAACAUCCCUUACCAUAGAUGUCAAGCACGUUACUUUUGUAUCUGCACGAAUGAUCGUUCCAUUAUCAAUACAGCAGCAAUUGUUAAUAGUAGGAGCUAAGGAAGAGUCACAAGUGCAUACGAUUGACCUGAACAACAAGUCCAACACAACUACUGGCAUUCAUGAAGGUUUGCAGAUAUUCAAUCAUCUACAUCAUGCAGCAAGUGCAUACCCUUUGGAACUAUCGACAUCGUCGUUAACAGGAGAACAAGUACUGAUUACACUAGUUGGAGAACAGAAAGAGCAUUUAUUUUUUGAAUAUAACACACAAACACAAAUGUCAACAGUGUUGUUACAUAAUUCAUUGCCAAUCAAAUUGGAACAUCAUGCACUCUUUUCACCUUUCCUUUGUACGUAUAGAAAUAGGAGAAAUGAAAGAUGUGCAGUAUACCUUCCAAACCUUGACAUUUUGUACAAAAUCAAGUUAGAUUAUGACAAACCUGAAUGUGCUUUUCCUUACUUGAAAAGGCAAUUAUUGUCUCCUAAAAAUUCCAACAUCAUGGACAUGAUAUUUAUUUUCAAAUAA